AUGGAAAUCGGAACAUAUAUCAUGUUGCCUUUGGGAUUGGAGAUUUGGAGACGAAUGCAGCUUGGGAGUGAUCGCAAUGUUAGCAUACAAAAUGGGUUACGUAGAGUUUUUCCUGGGGCAAGCCAUGGUAUUUGCUUUUAUCACUUGAAAGGCAAUAUGAAAGCCUUAUUUCAGUUGAAGCAGUGGGAUCCGAUAUUGGGGUCUUUUGUAAGGGCAGCUAAGUCUUAUCGUCUAGCAGAGUUCAAUCGUCACUUUUCCAGGAUAAACAAUGACCGAGUGCGAACUUAUUUACUACGUGCAAACGUCUAUAAGUGGUCUCGGGCCCAUUGUGAUGGACGACGAUAUAAUGUGAUGACAACGAAUAUUGUGGAGUCCAUUAAUUCAGUUCUUCGGUUUGCAAGGAUGCUUCCGGUGCUACACUUGAUUGACGAAAUUACAAAUCUACUUCUCUAUUGGUUUAGGCAACGUCGAGAUUUAGCAAUGAAAUCUCAUUCUACGUUGUGCCCUGAUUUUGGGGAAAAGAAGUUAAGGAAGAGGUUAGACGCUGCGUCAAGGAUGAAUGUGGUCAAAAUCAAUGAUGUCGAGUACAAUAAUUUGGAUGGUGAUUUGAACGGUCUGGUGCACUUGCAAAACCGUAGUUGUACAUGCAGGAAGUUUUACUUGGAGCAACUCCCGUGCAAGCACACUAUUGCGGUAUGUCGGCACUUGAAAUUGAACCCCUACUCCUUUGCCUCUUCUUAUUAUACACGAGCUACAUGGGCAGCUGCAUAUGCUGAAUCUAUUUAUCAUGUACCACCUGAAGGCACAUGGGUUAUUCCCGAAAAUUUGAAAAAGGUCAAAAUCCUCCCUCCUCUUUCUAAGGUUAUGCCGAACCGUCGCAAAACGCAAAGAAUAGCUUCUAAAGGAGAGGAGUCCCGUCAAAAAAAAUGCUCAAGGUGUGGUGUGAAGGGCCACUACCGAAAUACAUGCAAACAAUCUAUCCCUCUCACCAACAAGCAGCACGUUGCAUAG